AUGUUGAUCUCGUAAAUUAGUAACAUGCAAAAAAACCAACCAAAAGAACGUGGUUAUAAAAAAUGAGAGUGCCAAAAUCACCUCGAGAAUUGCCAUACCCACAAAACACCAUACCACCCAAUCACAACCCACCACCUUCAAACCGCCUCUCUGUUCUCUGUGUAUGUGUGUGUUUUUGCAACGUAGAUAGGAGCAUUUCUCUUUUUCUUUCUCACCUCAAAGCUUCUGUCAAUCAUAGAUACCUUUCUUCUGAGCAAAACCUCCACUUUCCUUUUCCUUUCUCAUCACCUUUUAAGCUUCCCUCCUUUUCCUUUUCUUGCUCACUACCCAUCGAAUAAACCCCGAUCCCUCACAGUUCAUAACAGAGCCUCCUCUUCUUGGAAUUGUUUCUAAAAUUAGUAAAACUAAUUUUACUCUGCAUUAUUAAGGAAUUUUCUCUGAUUUUGAAAGGCUGGGUCUUUUUGAGAUUCCUCAAGAGGGGUGGAAAUUGACAUAAAGUGAUUCUGAUCAUUCCCCUGUUUAAAAACACUUUCUUGGUAUAAUCCCAUUGUAAAAAAUCCCACCUCUCUUGCAUUUCCUACUUGGGUCCUCUGUGCUGUGAGGUGGGUUUUCCCUUGAUUCCAUUUAUGAGGUGGGAAAUGGAAAUCCUAUCGCCUGCGUCGUACCUUCCAACGUGUAGCUGGUUGACUGAAGAGAGCAGAUCAAGCACAAGGUGGACCCCGGCAGAGAACAAGACGUUCGAGAGAGCUCUGGCGGUCUACGACAGGGACACGCCGGACCGGUGGCAGAAGGUGGCGGCGAUGAUACCGGGGAAGACGGCGAGGGAUGUGAUGAAACAGUACAAGGAGUUGGAGGAUGAUGUGAGCAGCAUAGAAGCAGGGUUGGUUCCAAUUCCUGGGUACUGUGGUUCCCGUUUCACAUUGGAUUGGGGGGAUUGUUAUGGGUUUGAUGAAGGGUUCAGGCCGCCGUAUGACGGAAAGCGAUCGGGGGCUGGUAGGGGUUCGGAGCAGGAGAGGAAGAAGGGGGUUCCGUGGACAGAAGAAGAGCACAAGUUGUUUCUGAUGGGUCUUAGAAAGUACGGCAAAGGGGACUGGAGAAACAUUUCACGCAAUUUUGUGACAACCAGAACGCCGACUCAAGUCGCUAGCCACGCCCAGAAGUACUUCAUAAGGCAGGUUUCGGGUGGGAAAGACAAGAGAAGAGCCAGCAUUCAUGAUAUUACCACUCUCAGUCUCAACGAGAACGGAGCCCCUUCACCGGAUAACAAGAGGCCUCCUUCGCCCCCUGAUCGCUCAAAUUCUGCUCCAAUUUCCGCUACACAGUUCCAGUGGAAUAAUCAGCUAGACGGUGGACUGGAAAUGGCCUUCCGCUCACCAGCACACGGAAAUGUGUUUAUGUCUCCUUGUGGGAUCGACUCGUUUGGGUCGAUCAAAAUGCAGGCCGAGAAUAUGCACAGAAUCACUAUGCCGCGUGAAUCUUAUGGUCGAAACAUGUUUUCUCAUAUGCAAGCUGGUGAUCUCUACCCUCAGGGAUGAUAUUAUCACCGGUUGGAAAUGCACACAUCUUAUUUCAGAUUAGUUGCAGCUGUUUGUGCUUUCCUUUUUUGUUUUUGUUCUUCGAGCUUAUGUGAAUACGUUGUUUGGCUCUUGAGAUUAAGACCGUAGUAUUUGAAGGUAGAGAGAGAGAGGGUUUUUGUGUCUAGAUUGGGACUUCAAAUUCUUGAAUUUGAUACCAAAACAAAGACAUUCUCAUCAGUGUAAAUGCUGUGUGUUAAGGGUCCAAGAUUUGGCUUCA